UCUUGCUUUCGCUCCCGAGAGCGCACCGACUACACCGGCGUUCUGCAGCGCAUAUAAAACUAAACGACGAGCGCAACCCGCUUUUAGUAUUUAAUUCGUAUCGGUCAGAGUCCCAGCAUUGUUCAGCGGAACACUUUUAUUUUUCUCAACUAGCAAACCAGUAAACACAACAAACAUGAGCUCCGCCGAGUACUAUCCAUUCAAGUGCAAGCCCACCGUUUACCCCGCUGAUCCCUUUGACCCAAUCGAUGAUGCCGCCAUUCUGCGCAAGGCCAUGAAGGGCUUCGGCACCGACGAGAAGGCUAUCAUUGAGAUCUUGGCGCGUCGCGGCAUUGUUCAGCGUCUGGAAAUCGCCGAGGCUUUCAAGACUGCCUACGGCAAGGAUCUCGUUUCGAACCUGAAGUCCGAGCUGGGUGGCAAGUUCGAGGAUGUGAUUGUGGCUCUGAUGACACCACUGCCCCAAUUCUACGCCCAGGAGUUGCGCGAUGCUAUCGCUGGCUUGGGCACCGACGAGGAGGCCAUCAUUGAGAUUCUCUGCACUCUGUCCAACUAUGGCAUCAAGACGAUCGCCCAGUUCUACGAGCAGGGCUUCAACAAGUCCCUCGAGCAAGAUCUGAAGGGUGACACCAGUGGUCACUUCAAGCGUCUGUGCGUCUCGUUGGUCCAGGGUAACCGCGAUGAGAACCAGGGCGUGGAUGAGGCUGCUGCCGUUGCUGAUGCCCAGGCUCUGAUUGAUGCUGGUGAGGGACAGUGGGGCACUGAUGAGUCCGUCUUCAACUCGAUUCUGAUCACUCGCUCGUACCAGCAACUGCGCCAGAUCUUCCUCGAGUACGAGAACUUGACUGGCAAUGACAUUGAGAAGGCGAUCAAGCGUGAAUUCAGUGGAUCCGUCGAAAAGGGUUUCUUGGCUAUCGUCAAGUGCUGCAAGUCCAAGAUCGAUUACUUCUCUGAGCGUCUGCACGAUUCCAUGGCUGGAUUGGGCACCAAGGACAAGACGUUGAUUCGCAUCAUCGUCAGCCGCUCUGAGAUUGACUUGGGCGAUAUCAAGGAAGCAUUCCAAAACAAAUACGGCAAGAGCUUGGAGUCAUGGAUCAAGGAGGAUGCCAACUCUGAAAUUGGAUAUUUACUUGAGACUCUCGUUGCGUGGUAGAUGAGACCCGAGGUUAUCCAGAAAUAAUGUUGAUUAAACAACAAAUUGUGCAAUUGUAAAAUUCGAAAUUAAGUUGCAUUUUCGAGGAUAACAAAAACAAACAUACACUCUGAAAUUAUUUAUGUUGUGAUUUGCUAAUUUUCCAGUAGAUACUUACACUUGAAGUGCAGCUUCUAUUCCAUCAUAUAUUUACACCUUUUUGCUAUUUUUGCAAUAUUAUUUAUUAUAACGUCUUUUUUUUUGUAUACAUUUCCUGUAAAUUAUUUCACAUACAUAGUAUUUUUGUUUGUGCUUGCUAUUAUUAACAAAUAAAAAGUUUGCCAACGCCAAACGACGUUUGAUCAGUUUCAAGUUUGCUCGCAUCACAAAACA